AUGAACCGAAAAGUCCUUAACCUACAAAAUCAUUUUUUUUGUUAAAUGUUUAUUUUUUAUAUUUUAUAAUAGUUAAAAAUGUACUUAUAUACAAUUUUAAUAAUUUUUGUACUUAAUGUUUUACACUGUACUGGUGACUGUGGAUGUAGUAAUCUUAAUAGGGAGAAAAAAUGCAAAAUAGAUGAAGAUGAAACACCAAGUGGAAAAUACUCGAGAGAACUAAAUGACAAUAUUAAUGCCUUUAAUACAUAUAACAUGGUGCUGAUAAACAAAGACACAUUUGAAAUGGGUACAAAUAAGCCUGUGUUUGAAUCAGAUCAUGAAGGUCCUGUAAGAAAUAAAACAGUGGAAUCAUUUUACCUGGAUAUAUAUGAGGUUUCCAAUCAAAAUUUUAAAGAUUUUGUUGAGAAGACAGGCUACAAAACCGAAGCCGAAACUUAUGGGGAUAGUUUUGUUUUUGAAAUGAUUUUACCUGAAUCAGAGAGAAAAGAGUAUCAGGAUGUUAGGGCUGUUCAAGCACCCUGGUGGAUUAAAUUGAAGGAUAUUUCUUGGCUGCAUCCUGAAGGACCUCAUUCAACCAUAGAGAAUAAAUUAAAUCACCCAGUUAUUCAUGUAUCAUGGAAUGAUGCAGUCAAAUAUUGCGAAUUUUUUAACAAAAGACUGCCAACAGAAGCUGAAUGGGAAAUGGCUUGUAGAGCUGGCUUAAAACAGAAGUUAUACCCUUGGGGAAAUAAGCUUAACCCAAAAGGUAAACAGUGGGCAAACAUUUGGCAAGGAAAUUUCCCUGAAGAAAACACUGCUGAAGAUGGCUACCAAUUCACUUCACCGGUGGAUGAAUUUCCUCCAAAUAAAUUUGGUUUAUUUAACAUGGCUGGUAAUGUAUGGGAAUGGACACAGGAUGACUGGCUUGGUGACUCAGAAUCAAAAGUAAAAAAAGGUGGCUCUUUUCUCUGCCAUGAAUCAUAUUGCUACAGAUACAGGUGUGCAGCAAGAUCAUUUAACACAAAGGAUACAUCGGCGGGCAAUUUAGGAUUUCGUUGCGCUAUGGAUAUCCAACCUUAAUUUUUAUUAAAUAUUUCAAUUAAAAACGGGUAAGAACAGCAGUCAAUUGAUUAUUGUAUUAACAAAACUUAAUUGUUAGUGAUAUUAAUUUAAGGAAAUAAUUAAGUGUAGAUAGAAUAUGAUGAUAUAUUAUAAAAUUCAGACAAUAGCAGGACUUACUCUCCAGUACCUAUAAAAAAAGGAUUGUUUAGAUGUUCUCAAAAUUUGCGACUUCUAUAGAAAAUUAUGUUUAUAGAAAGCAAAUUUUACUUUUUCCACUUGUUUUUGGACUUUUUUUAUUUUACUUCUUUGACUUUGUAAGCGCCUCAUAAUACUUUACAUCUGCACGUUAAAUACAUAAAAACGCAACCCGUAUUCCAUCCACGUGUAAUCGUUCUUUUUGCCUUUUCAUUUUUAUGCUUUUUUGUAUGGGUUUCAAAAUACUUUUUAUCCCGAAAAAAAUGCACGGAUAAUUGCAUAACGCAACCGGAUUACAUCCACGUGUAAUCUGGGUUGCCUGCAUUAAAAAAUCAAUUAUUUUUUCUUAGGCUGAUGCUAUGUGUUUUAAAACACUUUGCAUCGCUAGUAACGAUAGCGACGAAGCUUUUAUCAUUUAUUACAGCUCUAACAUAGUCGCGGCCUUAAAACCAUACCUAUAAUCCCAAAUUUCAAAAACAAACUAAAUGUUCCUUUUUUGUGUAUGGUCAAGUCUCAAAUAAAAUAUUUUAAUUUGCAUAUGCAAUUUAUCAAUUAUUAUAGUGUGUAACAUAUAUUGUGUAUGCAUAAUUAAUAGUUACAUUCCAAAAAUGUAAGAGAAACUGUAUAUGUACUUAAGCUAUAAUCCUGCCUCAAGGUCUUCCAUAAUAUAUAUUUAUAAAAAAACUGCAAA